AUGUCGGACUCAGAAGACCAGGCCGGCGUGCCUCUAAUAGAAGACCUCUCAGACUCUCCCGACCCUCAAGCGUCCAAGUCUACGAAACGCAAGCGCGAAGCUGACGACGAAUCGAAGAAAGCAGCCAGAAAGAAGAAGAGAACGAAGAAAAAGCCCGACGAUGUCGACCACUCGAACCUUGACAGUGAACUGGGGAUCAACAGGGCGCUCGCGCAUAUGGACAGUCAGUUGAUGGCAGAUCAUAUCGCGCAGAGGACGAGGAGGUUUCAGCCGGAUCUGAGUGCCGUGGAAUUGGAGGACGUGCAUAUACCAGCAAAAGCAAUCCUCGACACAACAUCCUUCGAAAAGCCCCGGACAACAGACGUCCUCCCAGACUUCCUAGAGCAAUUCGCCGGCUCAGCAAAACGCAAGAAGAAGCUCUCCCAAUCCUCCACCUCCAAAGCCUUCCCCCACACCCUCGUCAUAACAGGCGCAGGCCUCCGCGCCGCAGACCUGACCCGCGCGCUACGCAAGUUUGAGACGAAGGACAGCAAAGUCGCCAAACUCUUCGCCAAGCACAUCAAGCUGAAGGAGGCCAUUGAGACGGUCAAGAAGACGAAGAUGGGGAUUGGUGUUGGGACGCCGCAGAGGGUGAUUGAUUUGCUGGAAGAUGGGGCGUUGAAGGUGGAGGGCUUGGAGAGGGUUGUGGUGGAUGCGAGUCAUAUUGAUCAGAAGAAGAGGGGAGUGCUGGAUAUGAAGGAGGUUCAGGUGCCGUUGGUGAAGUUGCUGGGGAGGGAGGAGUUGAGGGGGAGGUAUGGGAAGGGUGAAGGGAAGGUGGAGUUCCUGUUCUUCUGA